AUUGUCGAGCAUCUCCAAUGGAGAGGAGAACUGUUUGUAAACAAAACGGUUCUCCUCCCUGUCAGCUCAUGCACACUGCUUUGGAUGGCUGUGCACAGCACAGCAAUGCAAAACAGUGUGCCUAUAGUGAAGCACACGAACACAGCCCCUAGUAAAACAGCACACAGUCAACCCUUUGAUCGCCCUUCAUGUUAGCCCCUUCCUGCCCAGUGCCAUUAGUACAGUUGUCAGUGCUUUUUAUUAGCACUGAUCACUGUAAUGGUGUCACUGGGCAUGUCAGUGACAUCCAGUCAGUUCCCCCCAGUGUCAGAAUGUCUGCCGCAGUCCCGCUAUAA